UUCGUUGGUUGAAAAGAUAUUUCAAACUUGUUGUCAAAAUAUCAGAAUAUUUUGAAAAAUUUCAAUUUUUUAUGAAUCCAAAUUUUAAAGGCAGGACGAUCCUACAUAAAUUGAAUGGUGAUAUAACAGAACGCAGAGAAAUGACCACAUCGAAUUUAAAUCAAUUUGUGAAGAGAAAAAUUAACAUUGAUCCCCAGUUGUUGUCCAAAAAUACCAACCAAAUUGUUAGCACCUGCAUUAAAAAGUUCUAUGAGCAAAUCCCCGAGCAGUAUCGUCAUGGCUUGCAACAAAUUAAAGCUGCUUCAGCACGAAUGGAAAAUAAAGCUCCCAUAAGGAUGUUCAAGGAGGAAACCGAGAGGGAAUUGCAACAACAAAAAGCCAAGCGUUUGAGCUCGAGUUCGAAGAAGUAUAUGGCCUCAAAUGUGGAUGAGUCGCAUUUGUUGCAUAGCAUUAUGAAGGUUAGCAGGAAACGUUUGCUCACGAAUCAAACGCCAGAGGGUAGUAAAAAGCUGCUUAAACCCCCCACCUAUAAGAUAUACCAACAGCGGCGUUUUGGUUCCAGUGCCAGCAGUUCCAGUAGCCGUAGCGUUUUUCGAAGGCAGGAACCUACCGCCCCUGUGGGUCAUAACAAAUCUAGACUUUCUUCGCAUGCCUUGAGGCAAUUGAAGAAAUCCUUUACCAUGAUCCAUGGAGGAGGUGGUGCAGCAGCUAAAAAAUCCAAUACCGCCAUAAAUCCCAAGGUUUUCGCCUCCCUGGUCCAGCCCAGUAAAAAGAAGUCAUGCCACAUGUUUAAGGGUUUAUCCACCAAACCAAAACCUCUGCAAAUGGAAUCCAAUGUUGAAAACAAUUUAAUGGCAAUUGAGGAAAUUCUCGGCAAACGCAUGAAUCUCUCGAAGAAAAAUCCCAUUGGCAAACCUCUAAAACCUUCCAUGGUAUGGGAUUAUCCGCCAACUCCCCAGCUUUCGCAUUGUCGUAAUGAACAAAAUUUUGCCAAUCGAGUUUUGCAACAGCAAUGUAAACACCUUCAACUGGCAUUGCAGGAGAAACUAUCCUCAAAUGAACAGCCGGAGCAACACCCACCCCUGCCUUGCCAACUCCCCUACCGGGAAUCCCUUAAAAGGCAACGUUACACAAAUCCCGUGGUAAUUAAACGGGAAACAGUUCGAACGAAUAGCAUUUCACCAAAUCAACGGCAAGUCUAUGUGAAACGUAAGCCUCUGUCCGAGUUGCAAAGACCACAAAUUCCCGAGUUAUGGAGCCGCAACAAUGCCAACGCGAGAAGUUUUAAUGCCAACGGCAAGGAGAAUGUGUUCCAUGUCCGUGGUCUGCCAGCCAUGGUGGGCAAUGCCGCCAUGCGCAGCAGCUUUAGCCAACGUAAUCAAAACAAUCGUUACGCAAAAUUGGCAGCAAAUGUGCAUUAGCGAAUGUUGUUUAUCCUUCCUUCAGCCACCCACCCCUCAACCUGCUUGUGAUAUGUUUACGA